CUGGUUCCGAUGUUUUUUAUCAGCGUCAUUAGAUUCAAUGAAAGCAUCUUGUUUAAAUGAAAUCAGAAUGAAUACAACUUUUUGGAAACCAAAACCAAAGCUUCAAACAACUACUGCACGCAACAUUCAGCUAGACAGAAAAACACAAUCAACCACAACAUCAACAACUACAAGCAACUUGGAAAUCGACAUAUCUAUUCUGGAUAUAGCAGAAACAGUUUUAAACAAUGAUUGUCCGAACGAUUGUUCUGAAUCAGGGAUAUGUCAGCAAGGGAUUUGUGAAUGUGAUGAUGGAUUCGAAGGUGCAGAUUGUUCAGUUGACAGACGGAAAGGGCCCGAGGUAUUCGGGUUGAUUGAGGAAUCAUUCUGUGAUUUAUCGAAAAGGCCAUGCUCUUUCAUCUCAGUGUUUGGAAAUCGAUUUUAUGCAUCAGGAAAUGUAAAAUGUCGCAUACUGGAAGCAAAGAUCGAACUUAAUGAGGUUAAAUCAAAAACCUUAAAUGUACCAACUGACGGAUCGUUGAUAACUUUCGCUGAAGUGAAAUGUCCGCUAGAACAAAUGGAUGUCAAUAAAUCACAAACCUUUCUGGUAUUGGAUGCGUACAUGGUGUCGGUCUCCUUUGAUGCAAUCAAGUAUUCAACAGGUUCUCCAAUAAUAGUGUAUGAUUCUACGUGCACGAUAUGCAAGGACGUAAACGGUACCGUGGACUGUAGAAUGAGGGAAGAUGUAUGCGUUGUUGAGAGAAAAUGCUACACGAAAGAACAUGAUAUGUGCAAAACGUCCACGGAAGCCGAACUUAGUAAGCACACUACCAGUCCAGAAAUACUGUACGAACCCAGUAAGCAGACUUUCAGUCCAGAAAUACUGUACGAAACCAGUAAGCAGACUACCAGUCCAGACAUACUGUCCGAAUCCAGUAAGCAAACUACCAGCUCAGAAGUACUGUCCGAAACCAAGAAGCAGGCUAUCAGUCCAAAAAUACUGUACUUGGGUGUGGCUCUUGGAGGACUUGAAAUAGUUGUUGUUCCAACGCUCCUUUUAAUAAGAAGGAUGUGAAAAACUGCAAUUAUUCCUCAGAAAUGCUUUGCUUCUAUUGGCGAUUGUGAACUAUUAUAUUCAUUUUAUAGUUUAUUUAGUGUAUUAUGUUUAUCCUUAUUUUAUUUAUUUUGUACUAUGAAGGCGAUAGUAUUUAUAUCAGGUCCGAAGCUCCACAAGGUGGAUUGAUGCAAUGCAAAAUUGUUAACAGUUAAGCAUGUUAAGGUAGCUGGGGUGUCUAAAUGUUUGAAAAUAGAUUUUUCUAAACCUGCUGUAAAAGGUACUUUCAAAUUUCAAUAUAAAAUAUUGGGGUCACGGACCUUGUCUUUUCGUUAAAUUAAAAUAAAAUUAAUAAAUUCACAGUCAUUGUACAUGGUUUGUAUAGGGGAAACCUAAUUUUCCUUAUUGAGGGAUCAUUUAACGAUAGAAUUUAAAUUGCUAAAAUUCAAUGAGAAAAUUACUUUUUAUAAAGACUUCCGAAACAUCAAAUAAAAAUAGGAGGCCUUUUUUUCUAGAAAAAAAAAAACCACAAAUUAUCCUAUCAAAUUCAAUAUCAAUAUCUUAAAAUAUUUUAAAACUAAACAAACAGUUUUGCAACAUGCCAAGAAGGGAUGCUCAGAAAAAGACACCCAGUCUACCUUAAGACAAUUGAUAAACUAUCAAAACAUAAAUCAUAUAAAUUUAUUAUAAUAAUA